AUGAAGAAGUUUCGGAAGGUGUUGGACGGUCUGACCACGUCCUCCCCCGCGAGCGGUGGUGGGACGAUGGGGUCUCCGUCCUGUGGCAGCGCGGCAGGGACCCCCACCGCGGCGCCCACCCCAAAGGAGAUCGACGUGCAGGAGACGCUAGUAUCGGAAAACUUUCAGCUAUGUAAGACGGUGCGUCAUGGCUUCCCGUACCAGCCCACAGCUCUGGCCUUCGACCCUGUUCAGAAGAUCCUGGCCAUUGGCUCCAGAUCGGGAGGAGUGCGGAUACUGGGGCGACCCGGAGUUGACUGCUAUUGCCAACAUGAGAGUGGAGCAGCUGUGCUACAACUGCAGUUUCUCAUCAAUGAAGGGGCGCUGGUCACAGCCUGUGCAGACGAUACACUGCACUUGUGGAACCUGCGCCAGAGGAGGCCUGCUGUCCUGCACUCACUCAAGUUCAACAGAGAAAGGAUCACAUUUUGCCACCUUCCCUUUCAGAGUAAAUGGCUAUACGUGGGGACGGAGCGCGGGAACACUCACAUCGUCAACAUCGAGUCCUUCAUUUUGUCUGGAUAUGUCAUCAUGUGGAACAAGGCCAUCGAGCUAUCGACUAAAACUCACCCAGGGCCCGUGGUGCAUUUGAGUGACAGUCCAAAAGAUGAAGGGAAGUUGCUGAUUGGGUUCGAGAGCGGAACAAUUGUACAGUGGGACCUGCGAGCCAAGAAGGCAGAUUUCAGGAUCUAUUACGACGAGGCCAUUCACUCUGUCAGUUGGCAUCACGAGGGGAAGCAGUUCAUGUGCAGCCAUUCGGACGGCAGCCUGACCCUGUGGAAUCUGAGGAAUACCACCAAGCCCCUCCAGGUCACCUUCCCUCACGGAAAGAUACAGAAGGAUGGGAAAAAGGAGUCAUGUAAACCGAUUCUCAAAGUGGAGUACAAAACCUCAAGAAGCAGCGAGCCUUUUAUCAUCUUCUCUGGAGGGCUUUCAUAUGACAAAGCCGGACGCCGACCCACAUUAACCAUCAUGCACGGAAAGGCCAUUACUGUGCUGGAGAUGGAUCAUCCCAUUGUGGAGUUUAUGGUGCUCUGUGAGACCCCCUACAACAAUGAGGUCCAGGAGCCUUACGCGGUUGUGGUGCUUUUGGAAAAGGACCUGAUUGUAGUGGAUCUCACACAGAGCAACUUCCCUGUAUUUGAAAACCCCUACCCUAUGGACGUUCACGAGUCCCCCGUCACCUGCACAGCCUACUUCGCAGACUGUCCGCCUGAUAUCAUCCCCAUCCUCUACUCUAUAGGAGCCAAGCAUAAAAAGACCGGCUACAGCCAAAAGGAGUGGCCCAUCAGUGGAGGCACGUGGACAUUAGGCUCACACACAUAUCCAGAAGUAAUCAUCACAGGGCAUGCUGAUGGAUCAAUCAAGUUUUGGGAUGCGUCUGCAAUCACACUCCAGAUGCUGUACAAGAUGAAGACAUCUAAAGUGUUUGAGAAGCCAAAAGGAGGCGAGAGUGCGGAGGAUGACCCGUUUGCUGUUCAGAUGGUCAGCUGGUGCCCUCAGAGUCGGAUCUUCUGUGUGGUGGGCAUUUCAGCGCACAUCAUUCUGUACCGAUUCAGCAAGUAUGAUGCCAACACGCAGAUAGUGUGUCUGGAGGUGCGUCUGCAGUGUGAGCCCGAGGACGUCAUCUCUCCAUCAGAAACAGAGAACAACCCGUGUUUCUCUGAACCAGGGUCCCACUCCCCCCAGCCCCACCACCCACACGCCACUAGCCCCCGAGGAGGCACUCCAGAGGGCAUGAAGGACAGCUGCCUCAAGGUGAAGGAGCGCUGUGUGCGGGUUCCCCCUGGGUAUCAGGCGGAGCUGGUGGUGCAGCUGCUGUGGGUGGAUGGAGAGCCUCCUCAGCAGAUCACCAGUGUGGACAUCAACUCUGCCUACGGCCUCCUUGCGUUUGGGAACUGCAAUGGCCUGGCCGUGGUGGACUAUUUGCAGAAAACCAUUUUGCUGUGUAUGUCGACGCUGGACCUCUAUGGAUCCUCAGACCCCUAUCAACGCCUUACCCGUUCCCCUCGCAGGAACAGACAGUCCACCUCAGGUAAGUUUUGCAUGCGCGGCCUGUCUAACUUUUACUCAGAUUCAAAGAAAAGGAUCCGUACUUCCUACCAGAGCCUUACUGAACUUUCUGACAACCAGCAAUCCAUUGACAUGGAGAGGAGCCGCUCGCCCACCUCAGAUCAUGUGAAUGGACAUUGCACGAGCCCCACCUCCCAGCCCUGUUCGGCGGGGAAGCCCCGCGUCCCUGUGGCUCCGGAGGGGAGGCUCGCCCGCAGAGGCCCUGGCCGACCGCCCUUCCGAAAGGCCCAGUCUGCUGCUUGCAUGGAGAUCUCUUUGCCUGUGUCCCACACUGAAGAAUCUCGUGAGAAUUCCUUCAGCCGCUCGCGCAGCUCCAGUGUGUCCAGUAUCGACCGUGACACCAAAGAGGCCAUCACCACGCUGCAGUUUGGGGAAUCGUACGCCAGAAAGAAUGACCUGCUGCCCACGCCAUGUCUGUGGGUGGGCACCAGUCUGGGCGUGGUUCUUCUCAUCCCCAUGUCCGUCCCCACAGACCAGGAGGAGCGCAUGGAGGAGUCUGUCACUAUGGGGCCAAGUGGAGCAGUGCUAAUGCUAAAGGGCUCAGUGUUGCGCUUCGGAUUUCUGGACUGCAUGGGAACUCUCAUUCAGAGCCCGUACGAAGUCUGGAGGGACUUGAACGCACCAGAAGACCCCGACAGGCCGCGGAGACGUAAGCUCGUCCACUUCUCGCCCUCCUCCUCUCAGGACGCCUGCGGAGAGGGGCACCUGGCUGUGGUCUGCUCCGAAAGACAGGCCAAAGUGUUCCUGAUGCCCACCCAGUCCUGCCUCUUCGUCCAUAACAUCACAGAGUCGUCAUUCGUGCUCCGAGCGGACAUCGUGUCUGUCUGUAACAGUGUGUGCCUCGCCUGCUUCUGUGCCAACGGGCACGUCAUGAUGCUCAGUUUGCCAAGCCUCAGACCACUGAUGGAUGUCAAUUACUUACCUCUGACGGACAUGCGCAUUGCCAGAACGUUUUGCUUCACCAACGGGGGGCAGGCUCUGUACCUCAGCUCCCCGACCGAGAUACAGAGAAUUACAUACAGCCAGGAGAUGUGUGACAACCUGCAGGAGAUGCUGGGGGAGCUUUUCACGCCGAUAGAGACACCUGAGGCACAGAACAGAGGCUUUCUAAAGGGCUUUUUUGGAGGAAACACAAAUACCUUCGACAGAGAAGAACUAUUUGGUGAGGCAGCAGCAGGGAAAGCCUCUCGUAGCCUGGCACAGCACAUCCCAGGGCAGGGGGGAAUGGAGGGCAUGAAGGUGGCAGCCAGCGGAGUGGUGGGAGACCUGGCCCGCGCCAGGAUCGCUCUGGACGAGAGAGGACAGAGGCUGGGAGAGCUGGAGGAGAGGACGGCUCUGAUGAUGACCAGUGCAGAAUCCUUCUCCAAACACGCGCAUGAGAUAAUGCUAAAAUACAAGGACAAGAAGUGGUACCAGUUCUGA